CUUCGCUAAGACUGCGCAAAUUGCGGCGGAGAGUGUCCUCUGAUUCUGUGUGAUUCUGGUGGUGUGUCUAGUCCUCUCCGAGUGCUCCUUGAUAUUGCGUCCAGGAGGAAAUUUUCAAAUCGACGGAGUGAAAUCAAUAUCUAAUCAUGGUGAUGCCAGGAAUGACGCUUGCCAGUCUCAAAAAGCACCCGGCUCUGAUCCCAUUAUACGCUUGCUUGGGAUUUGGAAUUACUAUGGCAACAUUCUACUCGAUACGUUUAGCUGUCCGCAGCCCCGAGGUAUCUUGGUCAAAGACUGCUAAUCCAGAACCAUGGAAUGAGUAUGCAAACAAGAGACACAAGUUCUAUUCGCCCUUACCACAAGAUCGCCCGAUUGAGUGCCCUGCACCCAAAUAUUAAGCAGUGAACUGUCAUGUAGUAUGCUGUUAGCUUGAAGAACGUCUAAAUGAGGUUUAUGUAAAUGCACAUGAUAUGUAUAACAACCCUGUUAUUCAAGAUUCUCCGUUUUUUCUGUAAAGUACGGAAGUUAUGAGUAAAAUAUCAGUUCUAGAAAUUUAUUAAAAUGUUGAAAAUAAACCGUACGAACUUGAA